CAAAAUGUCAAAGCCUAGUGAUAAAUAUCAGAAGAAAGAUUCUAUUGGAAUAGAUUCUCUUCAAAGUAAAAAGACAUUCCAAACCUCUAACGAACCAACUGAAUCGAUGGAAAGUAGGAUCAAAGAGCUUAAGAGGAGCCUAACAAAUGUUAAGACCCAGAAAAAAGAGUGGUACAAAAACCACAAUGGAGGGCUUAGAGUGCCCAAGACCAACAGGCUUGAUUGGAAAGAAGUUAAUAGCUUCCAGUCAGCCCUCCAGCCUUUGAGAGGUAAAUAAGAGAGAGGCGCCAUUUAAUAAGAAAAAGAAUCGAAACAAUAGCAAAAACCAUAAUACUAUUAAAGAGCUGCCAGAAGAGAAGUCUGAUAUAAACAGAAAUGAUUUACCAGAAGGUCCAACCAUCAGACUCAAGAAAUCCUUUAAAAAACAAGUGAACACAGGGCCAAUCUCUAAGAAGAGUAUUAAUAGGAAGACAACAAUGGGAAAGCUCGAUAUGGAUAGAUCAAUGCAAACAAGAGAUAUUGAGGGAGCUUCUCCAAAUAAGUUCUCUCAUUUUCAUAAAUAAGUAUGAUGUAUAUCAAUAUUCUAACUCUAAAGACAGCAUGUCUGAGAUUCUUUCAAUGCCGUACAGAAAGAGAACAAUCUCAAGAGAUAGGUCUUUAAGUGUUGACAAGAGCAAGCCAAACCAGGUUCUUAAAAAUAAUGGAACUCAGAUCUUGUCAAAGUAUAAAUAAAUCUCCGAAUAUUCAGAAUACAAUACAUAUCAAGGAGGAUAAGAAAUACUCCCAAAGAAGAGAAGGAAGGAUGAAAUCAGAAGCAAAUUUAGCUGAUAAGUCACAAUUACAGAAGAAGUUAGCAAGUAUUGGUACGAAUUUGGAGAUAAAGACAGGCUAUGAUGAUAUGGUUUAUUCUAAAACUCCUAGUUCAAAUCUGCCAAAGAUAUCCAAUGGAUUGGCAAAGGGAGGGUUUUUAAAGGAAAAGAUUAACUCCAUGUAUAAAAAGUCUAUUCCUAACUCCAACCUUCUGAAUGCAGCAGCCAGUGCUCACAAGGAUGCAUUAGUGAAGAAAAUGAAGAAGGUGCACCUCAGUAGAGAUUUUAGAGAUAGGAAUAGACUUCUUGACCCUCAAGUAUCUCUUAAUCCAAGCCCUUAUAAACAUAAAGCAAGUGAUGUCUUGGAGAAAUCUGUUUUGAAAUCGAGUUUAAGACCGAUAGAAAGACCAAUAGAAACAUAUCUUCCAGAGGCUAGUAAAGGGGGAAUACUUAGAAGAAGCGAGAAUAGUCUUAAUAAAUUAGCAGCAAGCUUGAGUAACCACGUUACACCAUCUAAAGCAGCCCCAUCCUACUCUCCCCAAAACCCCUCCUCCAACCCCCUCCAUUCCAGGAACAAAUCCUUCACAAACACCGGCUCCAGGAACAACUCCAUGCACCACCUUGGCCACAACCUCCACGCCAAUCCGCAACCAUUGCUUUCUCACUUGCACUCUUCGUUUCAGAAGACUCCGCUGACGAGAAGACAUCCUCUGUUGUUCAAGAAGAGCAGAGUUAGACAGAAUUUGUUGGCGUUACUAAACAAGCCCUUGAAGAACCCCAUCGGGUCUAACUUUAACCCCAUCAGUAAUACUUUUGGGCCCUAAAGAUUGCUAGAAGAGAUUGUGC